CGACUAUCGAUAGACUUUUAGCUCUUUCACCUCCCACUCAGCUCAUUUAUCAUAAGAUGCUUCUUCCACUUGCGGAGAUACCUCUGAACGUCAUCUCUUCAGACCAGUCAGUUCGAAAUGGUGGUCGACGCUCAUCAGGGCAACCACUGCAUCCACGCAAUCCUAAUAUAGCGUUAUCUUGUGCGGAUCUAGAACGGCAUGACUCGUUGUUGUUCGACAGCGCCACCGAAGAAGACUAUAACUUGUGGUCAUCAGAAGAGGAGGACCAGCUCGUGUUCCCCCAUCACUCCCAUCUUCGCAGCUCUAUCUACGAUGCUGAGCGCGUCGUCGCGAACGAGAUGGAUGGCCAUGCCUACGGUAAUACGGAGGGGCUCAUCGAUACCUUCCUCGGCGACUCCGCUCCCUUGAUCAACAAGAUUACAGAUCGCAUCUAUAGAGCCCUCGUCAAA